CUUAUCUCACGAUAGGCCUAUAUAAACGCUCAGAAAGUUUCAAAGACAAACAUUGAGCAGGCGACACCGACACGGCACAGCUCUACCACUAGCAGAAGAUAUUUAAAAAUACUGUUGAAUAAGCAUCAGCCAUGAAGCUUUUGAUGACCCUUCUGGUCGUAGCGACUGUUAUGGAUCUCAGUUUGACGGCUCCUCCUACUGGCAGGAAUUUUGGUUCCUUCAUUGGCCGAACAUUCUUGAAGAACAGGGCAGCUGUGCCACGCCUUGGUGCUGUCCCCAGGGUCUCGGUUCAGGCAAACGCAGCUAAACUUGACCAGUUUCUAAUGAAGACAUUCGCCACCAGCUCUAUCACUCCCCAGGGCGGAUCAGGGCGCUGGGCAGUGGCCAAGGGACACCGGCCUAGCGUGACUACGAACAGAGGCGGUGAAGACAUGUAUGAUGUCCUCUUGGUCAUGGACAGCAGCGGUAGCAUCGGAUCUGAGGAAUUCAUCAAGGCAAAGCAGUUUAUGACGGACAUCGUAAGUCUCCUCCCUUCCACCAUCAGCCGGGACAACACCAGGAUUGCUUGCAUCUCAUUCUCAGAAGCCAAUAAAAUCAAGACAGAAUUCGGCUUCUUGACUCACACCAGCAAAAGCUCCGUCAUUCAAGCCAUCAACCGCAUAACAUAUCAAGAUGGUAGUUCAACACACACAACUCAAGCCCUGCAGCGAGCCAAGACCCUGCUAGAGACGACGGGCCGACGCGGUGCUCAGAAGGCACUUUUCAUCGCAACUGACGGCCGAUCCAACGGAGGUGGCAACCCAGCUGUCCCUGCCAACCAAAUGAAGAACUCAGACAGAAAUGACGUCAAAAUCGUUGUAGUAGCAGUCUCUCACAACGUGAAUGUGCAAGAAGUCCAGUCCAUUGCCUCGGCACCAGCUGCAGAUCAUGUGUACUACGUUAACACUUUCACCGAGGCCACCCAGGUGAUGGGUGUGGUCAGGCACAAGAUGAUGUCAAGAGGAAUGCUGAACAUCCGGCGGCAAUAAAUGACCUUUGCGGCUUCGAUAAUACGAGCUGAUAAUCCGCUCACUGCACAAUCUGAUAACAAUACUUCAUCAAAUGACCUUAGUCUAUUGAUUCCCUCCAGACUCCGUUAAUACUGCUUGUGUCAACUUGCCCAACGACAUUCUUACUACUUUAGACGCGGUGGUUGCGUUCUCUCCAGUGUGAACAGUAUUUAAAUGUCCUAGGAUAGAGUCACAGAGGGCCAUAAAGGAUCAAAUUAUACACUUCUUAACAUCUGAGGUCAGCAUUGUGUGUCUGGUUGUCCAUAGAACCAUACUUUUAUCUUUAACCAUACAAGAUUAAGAAAGCACAUUACCGGCUUUCUCUAGGUGAAAUUUAAACCUGUAAUUCGAAUUGUGAUAUAAAACUUUUGCCAGUGCAUGUACAUGUAUAUGUAUAAUUAGUGAACCAUAUCGAAAUCCCAGUGUUCCUAUAAAUUUUCUUUGUAUAAAACGCACGGUUGAUAUCGAGGUUGUGAGCUUUUUUAUUACUUUGUAAGCUAUUCUAUUAACAGCCAUGUUUUUUGGCUUUCGAUAGAAAUAAACGUUUAUAUUUUA